UUCCAGUUAGGGUUGCGAGGAGCGUGCGUUUUUCUUUGCUUCGCCGAAUGCGUCGUCGCCAUCGUCAUUUUCUUCUUCUCCUUCUUCUUCUCCUUCAUCAUCUUUAUCGAGGCUGUCGUCGCACGCGAUAGCGUUUUCCUUUCAUAGUUGAGAGUGCCGCUGCUGGUCCGUAUCGCCCGAGUGCGCACCGCUGUGAAGGCUUCGAAGCGUGCAGAGUAGCAGCCUCCGCCAUGGGGGGGAUAAGGGAUUUCCGAUGGGGGGACGCAGCGGAGGAGGACGACGGAAUCGAGGGCGUCUUGCCGCCCACGCAAGUCAUCGGCCCUGACGAGAAGGGUAUCAAGAUUAUUAUUGAGUGGAGGAAGGACGACGAGGGGAAGCGUACCAAGGUCACCAAGACUGUUCGCGUCAAGAAACAGGUGAAGAAGCUGAAUCCGGCCGCUAUUCGAAGGCGGUCUUUGAAGAAGUUCGGUGACGCACUUUCUCAAAAUGCAUCUGAAAACCGAACGGUAGUCUCGACUGAGGAAAUCUUUCUGGAGAGAACCAGACCAGCUGGUGCCAAACAAGAGGCGGAGAAGGGUGCCGAUCUUGCGCUGCUUGGGAAUGCUUCACUUAUCGUCUGCAGGACGUGUGGAAAGAAAGGAGAUCACUGGACCUCGAAGUGCCCCUUCAAGGAGUUGGCUGCAAGUAAGAACUUCCCUGGUGCAGGUGAGAAGCCACCGACUGACGAAGAUGUUCCAGGCAUGUCCGGCGGCGCUGGAGGUAAGGGAUCUUAUGUGCCUCCUAGCAUGCGUGGCGCGAAGGGUAACGAAGGAGAGAGUAUGAAACGACCUGGAAGAGAUGACAACUCUAUCCGAGUUACGAAUCUGUCGGAGGAUACUCGUGAACAGGAUCUUCAGGAGUUGUUCCGACCCUUUGGUAACAUUUCUCGUAUUUACGUUGCUUUCGACCGUGAAACCGGGCUCAGCCGUGGUUUUGCUUUCAUCAAUUUUGUCAAUCGGGAUGAUGCUAUUCGAGCAAUCAAUAAGUUGGAUGGAUAUGGAUACGAUAACCUCAUUUUGCGUGUGGAAUGGGCGACCCCCCGGGCGGAUAGAUCUUAGAGUACUUGGGCUUUUGCAUUUCAGACUGUAUUACAGGGGAUUCUGUUUUGAGCCUUGGAGCUUGCUGUGGGAAGCUUCAACUACGUACUAGUUGCUGGGAUUGUUUUACUUUUUGGUACUUUAAUGCGGAUCAAUAAAUUCUGCACGUUUAACACA